AUGUUUGUACCUGGUCACUCAUUACACAAGGUUGACAUAUGUUCGGUGAUGAGCAUUGCUCUAGCACCAGCAGACAAAUUCUGGACGAAACGAGUUGAUUAUCAUCAGAGUCGUCGUACAAUGCUCAAAUUUCUUCUAUCCAUUCGUUCGUCACGUGAUAAUCGUCAAUUACUCGAUUGGAUCGAUGAAUGUGCACCAUCAUCGCAAAUAAACUGGAAUGUCAUUGAAAAACACUAUAUUCAAUUGCAGAAUACAAUCGAACCGUAUCAAGUAUUACACAAUGCCAACAAUUUGGGUAUCUAUUGGGAGAUGAAGAUUAAAAAUGUAGCUAAUAUAGUGGCUAGUCAAUCUCGUCCAUAUAUUGCUCGAUAUCGUAACAGCGGAUUUCGACCGGAUGAGCUUAAAAUCUAUUGGAAUUAUAAACAGAUUCGAGAUAUAAUCAAAGAUAGUUCAUACAAUCCAGUAACCGAUAUCGAUGCCAGAAAAGCUCUACUCAAAGUACCUGUCAACCAACGAAAACAUACAGGCACAUUUCAUUUUGUCGAAUCAGGCAUUCAAAAUGUUGUAUUUCAAGUUCCCAAAGGCAAACAAAUAAUUGUACUAGAUUUUGCCGAUGAGCGCAUGCCAGGCGGUUAUUUUAUUGACGGUGCACAGACACAAGAAGAAGUUAUCCUCUACAAUUCAGAUGGCUAUCGCGCACUACUCGAUCUAAAAUAUACAAUGAUGGAUGGCGGAUUUAUGUUACCUGAAUUCGGUGUCGCUUAUGUCAAACGAGUGCGUUUCUUUCUCGAUGGCAAAGAAGAGCGUAUCACCGAUCUAAUUGUGGCUGCUUGUUACGAUGUGUCCGGCACAGGCGAAGGGCUCUAUAAACCACCAUCAAAUAAGCAUGAAAUACGUGCUCGCACACUACAAAAAUUUCAUGCUAUUAUUGCCUCUGCGGUAGCAAAUACGGAUGGCACUGGCAAGGAUACAUAUCUGUUGUUGGGACCAAUUGGAACAGGUGCAUUUGGUAAUAGCGAGGAGAUGAUUGCUCAAUUAUUCAAUGAAGUACUCAAUAAUCCACUCAUGGGUUCAACCGGACCAAUUCGACAUGCAUUCGAAAAGAUCUGGUUCGUGUCCACUGGCAAUCUCAACAUAUUUCGACAAGUGCUCAAAAACACAACAUGA